UUUGGGCAAUAAGCUGUCCAAGAAUCUUCUCAACUUGUUCACUCCCUAACUGAAACAGAAACAGAAACCCCAUUAUUCUCUUCAAUUCAUUUAUUACACAUGCAGCAACACAACUCCCCUUUUGCCCUUAACAAUAGUAAGUAGUAUUAGGUAUGGCUUCUUUUCAUUUUUCUUGCCUUCCUUGUGAGUAGUAUACUUGUUGCAUUUCUCCAAUCUGUUUCGAGUAUGCCGAAGCUUCUGGCAGAAUUCCUCCUGGAGAGACAGGAGCCAUUCUCCUUGCAUCAUUACCUUCUUGAAAGAGGUCAUUGUAGAGGUAGUCUUGAUUCUAGUUGGUUCUUGAAGUAUGGCCCAAGGAAGAGACAAUGCAUGGUUACAAAUUGCUCAGAGUUCGUCAAGGCCAUGCUCGGAAGGAUAGCGCUGCUCCGUGGCGGCAGGAGAAGAAGGGAGAGAGGAGUUUCUUCCACCAAGGAUUUUGUUUCUUGCUCAGAAAGUGAUGAACAAGAGGCUGCCGCAGCCCAGAAAGGGAGAUCAUCCAUGGAGCAUGGGAAUGAUACCAGCCCUGUUGUCUCAGUUCUUGAAGAAACAAAUUCUGAUCAACCUUCAACACUUGAUGAUGACACAGCAGCACAUCAAUAUGAAUGUGAGUCCUACACCACUCAGAUUCACUCCCAAUACAGCAUAAACAAGAGGCUGUUGCAGCAAACAAAGCAGCUUCUGAUCGACUCUGCGAGGGAAGUGAUCGAAAGCGAAAAUUGUAGGCGACAAAGAGACAACAAAAAAAGCAGAGCGCAUCUGAAGAAGCAAGUAGUGGGAGCUGAAGAACUCUGGAAAGUUUUGUGUGAGAAUGUAUGGAUUUGGAGCAAUGAGAGCAGCAACAACAUAGCCCAUCUGCUGCACUCUGAUUACCUAAAUUCCUUAGAGGAUUGGGAAACAGAUUACCAGAAAAAGAGACAAGGAAUUGCAAUGGAGAUUGGAGAAGAGCUUUUGGAAAGCAUUAUCAAUGAAGUUCUUGUAGUCUAAGAUAUUUAGGAAAAAUAAAAAUAAAAAACCUACAAUUGAAGAACCUCAUUGAUAAAAGCUCUUCUUCAAUCUCCAUUCUAAUUCCUUGUCUGUUUUUUGUAAUCUGUUUUCCAAUCUUCGAAGGAAUUUAGGUAAAAUUCCAUUUGUUUAAGUCAUCUUAUUACACACACACACACACACACGUUUAUUUUCAUUCUUUAUAUAUUAAUAAAUGAAUAUGAAUAUGAUGCCUUUGGGAAGAGGCAAUGGGGGAAGUGAAACAAUAAUGGCAAUUAAAUGGCUGAAAUUGAUGUUUCAACUGCUCCAAAU